UAUAGCCCAUAAUUUUAUGAAAAAUAGGUCACGUGAUGGCUUAGCUGCAAAGGGCCUAUUAAUGUAUGGGGUUAUAUGGAAGGUGCUCCAAACAAAAUUCCUCCAAGUACUGGAACCAAAUGUCUCUUACUUGAAAAGAGGUCUGGGUCCAAUAAAAGAAGAUGGCGGAUCAAGAUGGCGCAUGAAGGUGCAUGUGCAAAGAAGUUGAUAAUCUGACCUUUCACAGUUUUAUCGCAGUAACUUCACUUUAUUCAGGUUGCGGGAAUGGUGUUACUAGAAAUACCCUCAGCACGAGCCUUCCAAGCAAUUCGUUCCGUAAGCGUCAGUGAACUGUCGAGUCUGAGGGAGGAAGAUUUGAGGCCGUUACUGCCAUGUCUGGUUCGAAUGGCGCUUUGUUCGCCAGUAGACGAAAGUGCAAAAUGGACAGAAGCACGUAAGGAAGUACAGAAACUCUUGUCUGGUUUAGAAGUUGUAAAUUCAAUUGUUGCUCUUUUGUCCGUGGAUUUUAGCCUCCUCGAGCAAGACGCGUUGAAAGAACAGCAAUUGAGGAGAAAGGUUGGCGGUAGUGCAACCUCUAGUGUUCUUGUUGAAUCCUUGCAAAAUGGUCUUGCUUUGGAGUUUGAGCGCAGUGAGCCCUCAAGGCGCCUUAGGCUGGUUCUGAGUGAGCUCCUUCGUAUUAUGAGCCAGGUUGAUGUUAGAGAAGAGUUCAUUCCUGAGAAAUGUGAACUGUUUGAGAGUGAAGUUUACCUAGAAGAGGUUUCAGACGUGAUCUGUAUCGCCCAGGCAGAGCUGCCAUCACUUCUUGCACUGAACCAGCUUGCUGAAGCCUUGCUUCGAGUCAAACAUGGCCCAUGGCUACUUUGCCAACUGGUGGCCAAUGCACCUGAUAGCUUUGAACAAGUUUGUACUUCAUUGCUGGAGCGUGGUGAAAUCCAGGAUGAGGGAGGUCUCGGUGGGAUGGUGCGAACUCAAGCGUUGCGACAACUCUGUGCAAUGAAUCCCAGCUCUGCCCCUGUUGUACACUCUGAGGCACUCAGAUUGUGUCGUAUGCCUGGUCUUGCUGUGGCACUUAUUCUUGACUUUGGUGUUGACAAUAGUGGCUCUAUGAGUUCGAGUGAACUAGUGGCAUUUCUCAGCGGUCUUCUCCUGGGAGGAGAUACAAAAGCCAGAAACUGGUUUUCGUCAUUUGUCAGAAUAGGGCAAAAGUCCAACACGUCAAUCCUGUCUUCCCUGAGAGGUCAGCUGCUGAAGGAGAUGUCAUCAUUAGUUCCUAGUGGUGUAGAAAAAGGAAUAAAGUCGAAGAAUGGCAAAUCAGGUGUUGAAGUUACCGUCCAGGAAACAGUCCCUGCACAUGAUGUCAGUCAUCAAGAUGAAGAAACUUUAGAGAUACUUCAAGCCAUGGAGGUAAGCACAGAUUAUGAACUCACAGGAGAAAGUUCAUCAACUCCUCAGAUAGAUAUAGAAAUAAUUGAAACAGCAGAGAUUCAAGAUGAGGAUGUGAUUCAGGGAACUGCUUUACUUCGCCUGUAUUGUGCUCUUAAAAGACUGGCAGGAAUGAAGCUCAAUCAACAUGAGGCUGAGGCAUUGCUCCGACUGGUGACAUGUCAUCCCCCUCCUACUGCCGCAGGAGUGAGGUUUGUCGUGGUUGGUCUAUGUACGCUAUUGGUCUGCUCUAACAUAAUGAGUUCACCAGAGCAUGAGGUAAUGGCAACCCAGUGGAUCAAGUGGCUCUCAAAGGAAGAAGCUCACUAUGAAGCAGCAAGCGGUGUACAUGCAUCAUUUGGAGAGAUCCUUCUUCUGAUAGCUAUACAUUUUCAUGCCAGUCAAGUGGAGGCCAUUGCUGACCUUGUGUGUUCUGUGCUUGGCAUGAACAUCAGGCUGGGUUCAUUGACCAGAAUGAAAACACUCUUUACUCAGGAGAUAUUUCCUGAAAAGGUUUGGCAUUUCAAAUAUAGUUUUGAGGAAGGAACAGCUUUCCGGAUCCAUGGUCUUCCUCUGGGACCCAUGAGAAGGAGUUCAGUAUAUGUGGCAACUGAAAUGUCAUCUCGCCUCACAUCCCAAAUUUUGAUGUUGUACUAUGUUCUCACAUAUCAAGACUGUCUUCUGUCCAAUAUGAAGUCUUUAGUCUCUAACAACAUUCAGCCUCAGUGGUUAUCACCCAUGUUAUUGUCACAAAUUCCUAUUAAACAUCUGUUGGAGCAGGCCAGAAGUCGACGUCAAGAAUUCAAAGGCCUUUAUGCUCCCUUACUACAGCUGAUCAACACCCAUUUGCCACACCUGUGUCUGGUGGAUGAAUGGCUGAAACAAGAGGAAGUGUUCACUGCGCCAAGCCUGUCAUCAUCAUCUCCAUUGCCGAGUGUGUUGUGUUCACCUGCUCACUUACAGCAAGCACUGCAUUUACUGCCAGACAAUCCGUCCCCAGCACUGCUGCUACUUAGAAGACUGUUACAACUAGAGCCAAGUGCCCUGAUUGCUUAUAUGGAUGUGUUGGUCCAGGCCCUGAGCAGAUUGUUGGAGCCUGGGGUACCCCGACGGGUACAGACGCUUUGCUGUGAACUGUGGACAAAAAUUAACACAGUUGUACCUCGCAAAUUGUGGUUGGCCACUGUGAACACACUAUGUCCGGCAGAAACUCCCGUACCACACAUUAGACCUCAGCUAUACACAGAUGAAGACAUCAUGAAGGAUCCCCUGACUGUGCUGAGAUGUGACAGAAUGGUUUUCAGAUGUCCACCUUUAUUUGAUCUUCUUGUGAGAGUGCUCAUGGGAUACUUGGCAGGUUCAAGGGCCCUUUUGAGUCAAUACCUCCAAGCCCACCCAGCAUCAAGAACAGAAGGGGUGGCUGUUGAACAGGAGCGAGAGGAACUGAAGGCAGCUCUUGUUACGGCACAGGAGAGUGCCGCUAUUCAGAUCCUGUUAGAAGUUUGUGUGAAAACACCUCAGGAUCAGGAUCAGCCAGGGUGCAGUGGAUCUGGUGUGUUACGUGAAAUUCAAUGCUGUGUGUGUUCACAGCUACAUCAAAUGUUUAUUGCUGUUCCAGACAUUGCAAAGCUUGUGCACUUUCAGGGUUACCCUGUAGAAAUUCUCCCAGUUACAGUGGCUGGCAUUCCCUCCAUGCACAUCUGUUUAGAUUUUAUUCCCGAGCUUGUCAAUCAACCACACAUGGAAAAACAGUUGUUUGCAAUACAGCUUGCUUCAUAUCUGUGUCUACAGUUCCCUCUCCCCAAAGCUAUGGGUGUAGCCAGAUACAUUCUUAGCCGGCUCAGUUCUCUUUUGGCAACACUUCCUGCAAGUAAGCGUGCACCAUUUUUCAGCCCUAUCCUCCCAACCCUGGUCAGAUUCUGUCGUGCAUUCCCGCCAUUGUGUGACGACGCUACAGGGUUCCUGCUGGAGCUUGGUCAUGUGGCUGUAUCCCAUGCAUCUGCAUCUGCUGGCUUCACUUUAGGUACUCCAGGAUCUCUCUUACAUCAACUGUCUUCCAAACAACAGCAGGAAACCUCUGAACAGGAAGAUCAUGGGUUCACAGAUGACUCCUGGUCACCUAAUGACUUAAAACUUGAAAAUGAAACAGGCAUCUUGGACAGUGAAUUUGAUAAUACUGACGUUGGAUUAUGCCAAGCAAUUGAAAAGGUGUUUCUGGAUGUAACAAAGGUUGCAGUGGUGAGACAGCAGAACUGUGAGUGCUAGUUCUAUCUACAACUGCUACACCACGUGUAUGUGAUCAACACAGAAACAGCACAUAUGUGCUCUCCAUUCAAACAAAGAAAGGAGAAUAAAACAAUAACAGUCUAUUCAAGCAGAUUUCCAUUGGAAUGGUGCAUAUCAUUUGACAUUCAAACUAGUCCAGUUCUAAUACAAAUUGACUAAGCUAUAAACAACUGGUUCUUCUUGUGUGCUUGAUGGAUGCACAUUACAACUUAAGUGACCAUUUCAUAAGUGGAUCAAAAAGAAACACCCUAAACAUGCAGGAAGAAACUUUACCAAGUUCAAAGCAGUAUGUAAAUAUAUAAUUUAAAUGGCAUUAUUAACACUUAACUGCCAGAAAUCAUCUCACAAUUCCAACACCAGAUUCACCUUUGGGAAAACUUCUGCAGGACAGCUAAUUAAGUGACAAGUACAUUUUUUCUUAUCUUCAGUACACCUUGAAUAUGCCUGACAGACAAUUAUAUAUGAAUUGGUCACAUUUAUUUCCCACACCUAAGGUCAUUUAUAAUACCCACACUCUCUGCUCUCUUUGUGCAAAGAUGAAAUACUGAAUCCAAAAUAAAAAUGAUAGAAAAAUGGAAAAGAAAAGUUUAUUUAAAGGGAGGGGUGUCCAGAAACUAACAUUGAUCACCAAUGAUAAUUAGGCCCUUUGCAACUGAAAGCACUUGACAAAGGUUUUGGUCUUGCUCUGUAACAACUUUUUCCAUACAAAUCUCCUUUUAAGAAGAAGAGAAAGUUAAUUUUUUAAAAAAAUAUUUUAACUGUCAUCAAUUAUUCUUAAAUCUUCUAGGACCGAUGUUUUUCGGGAGGGUCACCGGCUAUUAAUUGCGUGUUCACCCUCACCGCUCUGCGCAGCGACUGCCAUGCAUUCAUACUUCCUCGCUGCGUGCCCUUAUUUUCAUUUCAGUCUGGCCAAUACCUUACUAGGUUGGCAGUAGUACACCUUCUUAGGGACACAGCCCAUUAUGCCGGCCUCUCCAAUAAAUCCCUUCAGGAUCAUAGUUUUGGCAUCGACGCUGCCUCUACAGCAGCUGCUGCUGGUCUCCCAGACUGGUUAAUUAAAGUUUUUGGCAGAUGGUCUUCAGAUUGUUACCAGCUGUACAUCCAUACACCUCAAAAUGUCCUGUUGUCCACUGCUCCACGUAUGGCCAGCAUUCUCUUUUCUUAAUUUGGCACUUCUUUUGCUUGGGGGGAUACCUGCUCCGCAGGUAUCAGUGGCAGUUAAGUCUUGCAGGGACUUCCCCAAGCUUAGUUUUCGCUAAUUUAGUGGUGCUAUUUAACGCUCUUUUAUGCCUCUUCUUGUCCGAUCGAGCACAUG